GGGGACCAGCGUAGGCCUCAGGCAGUUUGAACAGGUUAACUCCAAACAUGGAUAUCAGACCAAAUUAUACAAUUUACAUCAACAAUAUGAAUGACAAAAUUAAAAAAGAAGAGUUGAAGAGAUCCCUGUAUGCCCUGUUUUCUCAGUUUGGCCAUGUUGUAGAUAUUGUAGCUUUAAAGACUGUGAAGAUGAGGGGGCAAGCCUUUGUUAUUUUUAAGGAACUGGGCUCAUCCACAAAUGCCUUGAGACAGUUACAAGGAUUUCCAUUUUAUGGUAAACCAAUGCGAAUCCAGUAUGCAAAAACAGAUUCUGAUAUAAUAUCUAAAAUGCGCGGCACUUUUGCUGACAAAGAAAAGAAGAAGGAAAAGAAAAAAGCAAAAACUGCAGAACAGACUGCGACCAGUGCAAACAAAAAGCCUGGUCAGGGAACACCAAAUGCAGCAAAUACUCAAGGAAAUUCAACACCAAAUCCUCAGGUCCCUGAUUACCCUCCAAACUAUAUUUUAUUCCUCAAUAAUUUACCAGAAGAGACUAAUGAGAUGAUGUUGUCCAUGCUGUUUAAUCAGUUUCCUGGCUUCAAGGAAGUACGUUUGGUACCUGGGAGGCAUGACAUUGCUUUUGUUGAAUUUGAAAAUGAUGGACAGGCUGGAGCUGCCAGGGAUGCUUUACAGGGAUUUAAAAUCACACCGUCCCAUGCCAUGAAGAUCACCUAUGCUAAGAAGUAACAUAUGGGAGAGUUGUCUUUAAAGCACUUGGUGUUAUUUAUAGUGUUUGUUUUGAUAACAUUUGGUCAGGCCAUUUUUUAAUAGUUGGGAUGAGGGAGAGUGGAAGUGAGAUUUUUGUGAAUGAUUUUAAAAAAUAC